AUGUUGACGCUUAUCAAAUCCAAGCCAAAUAUUAAUAAUACAUCAUCACCUCUCAAAGGAAAUACCAACAGAAACUCUAAUAUUUCUUCUAAUACAGUUGACGCUCUUCAUUCUUUAAUAGCCAGGAUAGAUGACAUUGACAACAAACUUGUACUCCUUUCUGAUAAAAUUAUUUCUAUCAAAAAUGAAGUUCUCCAACAACAUCAUAAUCAAGGCGACAUUGACUACCGUCUUUCUAAACUUAAAAUAUUUACCCAGAUUUCUGAUGAUGAUGAUGAAGAACUAUUAAUGGAUAUAGUUGACAAACAAAUCCAACAUACACCUAAAAAUACACUCACAAAUGAUAAACAACCCUUGAUAGGAAACACACCUAAAGAUACCGUUAAAGACACAAAUAUUGAUAAUAUUGAAACACUACAAAAAGAUGAAAUUGCUAUUCCACAUAUAACACAGCGUUGA